CUUCCGCGCACUUUCCUCGCAGCCGGCAGCGGGGCAGCUCUGUGUCCUGCACCUUCCGCACCAACUCUGCUUAAGGCGCACCCUUCACUGCACCCCGAGUCUCGCCUGCCUGUCUUUUUCAGGCUCUUGAUGCUGCCCAACUGAAAGGAGAAAAUGGGCACAGGAGAUUUUAUCUGCAUUUCCAUGUCUGGAGGGGCGCCCUGGGGGUUCAGACUCCAAGGAGGCAAGGAGCAGAAGCAGCCCUUGCAAGUGGCAAAGAUUCGAAGCCAGAGCAAGGCAUCGGGCUCUGGGCUGUGUGAGGGGGAUGAAGUGGUGUCCAUCAACGGCAACCCUUGUGCAGACCUUACUUACGCUGAAGUCAUCAAGCUCAUGGAAAGCAUAACAGACUCUCUCCACUUGCUUAUUAAAAGACCGUCUAGUGAAGCAAGUGAGACUUUGGAGUCUGAAACAGAAAGCACAGGCCAGCAGCAUCCUACCCAUGAGGGGCCCGUGGAAAGUACCACCCUGCAGAUUCUUCCUCCAGCCACAGCAACCCAGCACAAAGAAUUCUCCCUUGAUCCUGUCCAAACUAGAGUUCCCCUAACUGAGAAUCAAGGAAGUGACUGGAGUUAUGCAGAGUGCUCGACAGGAGAAAAAGUUCCCCAGAUGCUCGGCUCCCAAGAAGGACACUUAGUAGAAGAGAUCAUCUUAAGGGAAAAGACAGAAGCAGGCCAGCCAGGCUGUGUGGUUGAGCUACAACUGUCCCUCUCAAAGGAAAGACAUCAAGGCACCAGUGGCCCUAUAGUGGCUCUCCAGGGAAAUGAAAACGUCAAGUCUCCUGACCCAGACUGGGGCUCACAACAUGAGAGGACUGUCCACAUAAACUCGAUCCCUGCUCCUGAGAAAACAGACACUUCGCUGACGUCCAGCACAACCGGCCAGACCUCCAGUGGCAGAGAGUUGAGAGCGAGCCAGAGAAGAGACACUGGAGGCGCAGGGCUGCCCCAGGUGGAAGUGAUUCUAGAUUGCUCUGACAGGCAGAAGGCGGAAGAGUGCAGGCUGCAGGCAGGAAGGGGGUGUGUGGCUUCUCCGGUGGAAGGGGGGCGGUCAGAAGCGCCUCCUUCUCUGGUCUCCUUUGCCUUCUCAUCAGAAGGCACCGAGCAGGGAGAAGAUCAACGCUCGGGAAGGGAUCACAGCAGACCACACAAGCACAGAGCACGUCACGCUCGGCUCAGGAGGAGUGAAAGUCUGUCUGAAAAGCAAGUGAAAGAAGCAAAGUCUAAAUGCAAAAGCAUCGCUCUCCUUCUAACGGAUGCUCCCAACCCAAACUCCAAGGGAGUGUUGAUGUUUAAGAAGCGGAGGCGAAGGGCCCGGAAGUAUACCCUAGUCAGCUACGGUACUGGCGAGCUUGAACGCGAGGAGGAGGACCAGGAAGAAGGUGACAAGGACGAGAUAAGUGAAGUUGCAUUUCUCGGAACGAGCGAGUCUGAAGUGGAUGAAGAGUUACUGUCUGACAUUGACGACAACACUCAAGUUGUGAACUUUGAUUGGGAUUCUGGACUGGUGGACAUUGAAAAGAAACUGAACCGAGGGGACAAGAUGGAGAUGUUACCAGACACCACAGGAAAGGGAGCGCUCAUGUUUGCUAAGAGGAGAGAGAGGAUGGAACAGUUCGCAGCCCAAAAUGAAGAGGAGAAGACGGGUUCCAUAGCAGGCAGAGGACCAGAUGCGCUGCAGACGGACGGUCUGCGAACCAUAACUUCCUAUCAAAGAAAAGAAGAAGAAGCUGUGAGAAUGCAGAGCUCUGUGAGCGAAAGCUCCUUCCAGAUGAGCCGCAGUCUUGGCAGCAUGCCACAACAGAAUGGCUUUAGCGCAAUGUCUGAGACAGCCGGGGCCCAGAGGGUGAUCCCUAUGAACAGAACCGCCAAGCCCUUCCUGGGAACUAUGAACCAGCCAGCAGCCCCCUUCUCCCCAACGCGGAGUGUGACAAGUCCCACCACCUCUGACUUCCCUGCUCCUCCACCUUACUCUGCCGUCUCGCCUCCACCACCGGAAGCCUUCUCUAGGGGAGUAUCAAGCCCAGUCACUGGCCCAGCACAGCCCCCUCCAUGGCCUCAGCCCGCUCCGUGGUCACAACCAGCCUUCUACGAUUCAUCUGAGCAAAUAGCUUCCCGCGAUGAGAGGAUCUCUGUGCCGGCAAAAAGAACCGGAAUACUGCAGGAAGCCAAAAGACGAGGUACAACAAAACCUAUGUUUACUUUCAAAGAAACCAAAGUGAACCCCAACCCGGAACUUCUGUCACUUCUUCAAAAUGCAGAAGGCAAGCGAGGUACUGGUGCUGGAGGGGAUUCUGGACCGGAAGAAGACUACCUCAGUUUGGGUGCAGAGGCUUGUAACUUCAUGCAAAAUUCUGCCAAACAAAAGACCCCACCUCCUGUUGCUCCAAAGCCUGCAGUCAAGUCCUCCUCCCAACCAGUCACCACAGUUUCUCCGGUCUGGUCUCCUGGAGUGGCUCCAGCCCAGCGUCCUGCCUUCUCCACAUCAAAUCCACCGAAUCCACCGAACCCACCGAGCCCACUGAACCCACCGAACCCACUGAACCCACCACAAGUCACUGCUGUGUCCUCCAUCAAAAUAGCUCAGCCUUCCUGCCCUCCCGCUCGACCUGCGAGCGUACUGAAUCUGGCUGGUCCCUUCAAAGGACCCCAAGCAGUAGUAGUCAGUCAUAACUACACACCCAAGCCAUCAGCACCCACACCACUAGUAAAUGCUGCGCAUGCUGGUACAGGGGGACCGCCCAGUGAGCUUCCUGGAAUGAGUGGGAAAGGAGCCCAACUCUUUGCUAAAAGGCAGUCAAGGAUGGAGAAGUACGUGGUGGAUUCCGACACAGUGCAGGCCCACGCAGCUCGGGCCCAGUCUCCCACUCCAUCCCUGCCAGCGAGUUGGAAGUACUCCUCCAACGUCAGAGCACCCCCUCCUGUGGCCUACAACCCUAUCCAUUCCCCCUCAUACCCACUGGCUGCUAUCAAGAACCAGCCACAGGCUGCCCAGGCUUCCAAGACGAGCAAGAAGAAGGGCAAGAAACCCCUUAACACUUUGGAUGUCAUGAAGCACCAACCAUAUCAGCUCAACGCGUCUUUGUUUACCUUUCAACCCCCUGAUUCAAAGGAUGGCCUCCCUCAAAAGUCAACCGUCAAGGUCAGUUCAACCCCGGCCGCCGUGAAGCAAGCCCUUCCUCCCCGGCAGGUCAAUGUUGGCUCUCCCACAACCAACCAGGCUUCAUCUGUGUACUCCGUACCGGCCUAUCCCUCUCAACCCGCCUUCUUUGCCGAGGCCACUUCGCCAGUCAGCGCAUCCCCAGUGCCUGCGAGUGCUCCCACCUCCCCGAAGCAAGAAUCGGCCUCCUCCGCGUCCUAUUUUAUAGCUCCAAGGCCGAAGUUCUCAGCCAAGAAAAGUGGUGUCACAGUUCAGGAGAGCGAGCGCGGCCUUUCUCUCCCUGGAAAAUCAGCCCCGCCCAUCAUUUCUGCAUCUCCUUGGCUGUACCAGCCUCCUUGCAGUUACUCUGGCACACCGACCCUCGGGCUGGAGAAAACUAACAAGAGACCAACACCUUGGGAAGCAGCUGCCAAGUCUCCCCUCGGUCUAGUGGAUGAUGCCUUCAGACCCAGGAACAUCCAGGAAUCCAUUGUGGCGAAUGUCCUCUCUGCAGCUCGGAGGAAGGUGUUUCCAGAGUCCCAAGAGGACUGGAAAGAGAGACUGUCCUUUGUCCCUCAAACUCAGAAGACCAACAUGAGCUAUUAUGAAAGGCAAGAAUAUAAUGCUCCAUUCCCAGCCAACAGCCAAGUGCCUACCCACUCCUUAUAUACGUCCCAGUUGCCAUAUGUGUGUUAUAGGCAGGAGUCCAGAAAUGAUUCGAAAACGAUAUCCAUGGAGACCAGGUCUGAAUAUUGUCUUUCUCUGGGUGGUUGCAACUAUAACCCACACCCAAGGGGGUGGAGACACCAACCGUGAAAGCUAGUGUGACAAUCACGUGGGUUUUGUCAUUUAUGUUCGUGAUCCUUUGUAGGGUUCUUUACUUUUAAAAAUAGACUCAGAUCUGAUCCACUUUUGGUCCUGUGUGGCUCUCACAGGUCAUUUAUCUUAGCGU